UACCAACGCAGUGACUCAUGGGAAGUCAGGCUAAAACAAAGAAAGCCCGAGCGGUUUCCUUAAUUCCCUUAAUCGAAUUACCCAAAUAAGUCUUUAUCGCAAUUCCCAUUAGCUGAGAGUCAGUUAUUACGUGUUUGUCCUGCUGGCCAAGCACUGUCGUUCUUAAGCAUCCCAAUUUUGUGUUCGGUGUUAAACGCAGCACCGUUUUAUUGGCCGACACGCCGACGGUCGGGGGCUCUUAAUCGCCUAAUCGCUUUGACCAAGUGAAGAUAAACUUUGUCCUUUGUUGAUAACAAUGAGCACGAUUCGUCACAAUCGAAACUGCUCUCAUUCGUGUUGAAGUGACCCGGCGAAAUGCUCUCAAGAAACGCUCUUUUUGUGCUGGUUGUUAUCGGUUGCUGCACGAGUGCCUCAUUGGCCAUAUACCAGGACUGUGGGUCUCUGGAUGGAGCAAUUGAGGGUCUGGAAGUGUCCAAAUGCGCCGCAACUGCACGACGAUGCAUCUUGCGAAGAAACACCAACGCCACCAUGACCAUCAAGUUCAAAACCAAUACCGACUCGGAUAGUUUGAAGGCCGUGGUACAUGGGAUGAUUAUGGGAAUGCCCGUGCCCUUUUCCCUGCCAAACCCCAAUGGUUGCAAGGAUUCCGGGGUUGAUUGUCCCAUUCAUGCGGGCAACAGCUACCAGUAUGUAACCAGCAUGCCCAUCCUCUCUUCAUACCCGCGGGUGACCGUGGAUAUCAAAUGGGAGAUUCAAGACGCGCAAGGCCGGGACAUAAUUUGCGCAAUGAUUCCCGCGAAAAUUGCGUAAUUUCAACUGUAAACAGUUAUUGACCUGAUCGGGUAAUUGCUAGGCUUUAAGUUCGUGCCGAUUAGAAGAAAAAGCGAUCAGUGCAAGUGUCCUCACCGCACUCUGAUUGGCAAUAAAUAAACACUUUUUUUCCAA